AUGAAUUUUGUCUAUAAUAGGACUCUAUCGUUUUCACAAUUUUUUCUUGGAAUCCAAACACUCCACGUUUCCACAUUUUCACGUUCCCACUGUAUAAAAGGGUCCAAAAACUCCAAAGCAAGUUGCCGAGUGAAGCAAAUCUUCUUUAACAAAAACAAAAGAAAAGAAGAAGAUAGAGAUAUAUAUUGUGAGAAAGAGAUGGUGUUGGGUAGAGGAGAGAAGAAAGAGAGAAAAUACAGUCAUGGGUUCAGUUCAUCGGAGAUGGAGACGCUGGGCAGCUUUGCUGAAGUUAUUUUCCCUUGUUUGCCGCCCAAUCCUUGUUUUGAAGGAAUGGAAAAUCAGCCGAAUAAGGCUGUCCAAUCCUUCCUAAAAGCUUCUGCAUCCGAAUCCCCGAUCCCACACGAGGUAGCAGAGUUGUUGUCAAAGAGAGCAUUCACUGAGACAUUGAUACUGUUAAGGUUUGUAUUGAUGUUACUGUCCACCAGGUUUGGGACCUUGCUGCUGUGCGGAAGGCAUUGUUUGGGGCACAGAUGGCCUUUCAUCAUUCGAUUCUCUUGCAUCCCAGUGGAGAAGAGAGAGAUGAUAAUACAGAUGUGGUUCAAGGAGCACCGGCUCUUUUUUACUCCCAUUAGGGUUGCUUUCGUCUACUUCAAAGUCGUCUGCCUUUUCGUCUACUUCUCUCUGGUAGGAGAAGAUGGUCAUAAUCCAGCUUGGGAAGCUAUUGGAUAUAGUGUCGACAAUGUUCAUGAUAAUUCACAAGUAACAAAGGAUAAGCCACUCCAAACUGGAAUGAUCGAGACAGCGAACGAGAAAGACUCAACUCUUUAUCGAUCUCUAACGCAGAAAGGCCUCCGAGUCACAGAGGAUACCGAACGAAAUGUCUGCAGGAUCGAAUGCGAUGCAGUGAUUGUCGGUUCCGGUUGCGGUGGUGGUGUUGCAGCCGCAAUGCUGGCUGGUGCUGGUCUCAAAGUUGUUGUUCUAGAGAAGGGAAACUAUUUUACUGCGGCAGAUUAUUCACCCUUCGAAGGCCCCUCGCUGGAUCAACUAUAUGAGUCCGGAGGAAUCCUUCCGACCCUCGACGGACAGUUUUUGCUUCUUGCAGGGUCCACGGUCGGCGGUGGCUCGGCUGUAAAUUGGUCGGCCUGCAUCAAAACGCCGAAACCUGUACUUAAAGAAUGGUCUGAGGACUGUCAAAUACCUCUAUUUGGAACCACUGAAUAUGUUUCAGCUAUGGAAACUGUUUGUGAAAGGAUUGGUGUCACGGAAGAUUGUAUAGAGGAAGGAUUUCAGAACCAAGUACUUCGGAGAGGGUGUGAAAAUCUCGGUCUUGAAGUCGAGAAAGUGCCACGGAAUUCGUCCGAGAGCCAUUACUGUGGAUCGUGCGGCUUCGGUUGUAGAAGGGGAGACAAGAAAGGGACCGAUCGAACAUGGCUCGUCGAUGCCGUAAACAAUGAUGCAGUGAUUAUAACAGGGUGCAAGGCAGAAAGAUUCGUAUUGGAACGAAACAAGUCAAGCAGUACAAGGAAAAUGAGGUGCUUGGGAGUUAUUGCAAAGUCUACAAAUCAAAAUAUCACAAAGAAACUGCACAUAGAGGCCAAAGUAACAAUAUCAGCAUGUGGGGCACUUUGUACACCACUUUUGAUGCAUUCCAGUGGGUUGAAGAAUCGGAACAUCGGUCGAAACCUUCAUCUUCAUCCGGUCCUAAUGGCAUGGGGUUACUUUCCAGACUCGAAUUCCGAGUUCAAAGGGAAAUCCCAUGAGGGUGGAAUAAUCACGUCAGUGCAUAAGGUAGUAGCAGACGACAACAAAUUGCAAGCCAUCGUUGAAACUCCUUCAAUUGGGCCUGCACAAUACUCUGUAUUAUGCCCUUGGAUAUCUGGUCUUGACUUGAAAACUAGGAUGCUAAAAUUCUCCAGAACUGCUCAAAUGAUAACAAUAAUAAGGGAUCGCGGAUCCGGAAUAGUUAAUGUUGGAAGACGAGUGACCUAUAAGUUCGAUGCAUUAGACCGACAAAACUUGAUAGCCGGCUUGCGACAGUCGCUGAGGAUAUUAGUAGCAGCCGGGGCAGUUGAGGUGGGCACUCACCGGAGUGACGGGCAGAGAAUAAUAUGCAAAGGGAAAAGCAACGAGGAGUUGGAGGAGUUUCUGGACUCGGUUUCUUCAGCAACAAGCGCGUUUUCCACUGACGAUAGCUGGGUCGUGCACACCAGCGCUCACCAGAUGGGAAGCUGUAGGAUGGGGAUCAAUGAGAAAGAAGGUGCAGUUGAUGAAAACGGAGAGAGUUGGGAAGCUGAAGGAUUGUUUGUUUGCGAUGCAAGUGUUUUGCCGAGUGCCGUCGGUGUAAAUCCAAUGAUCACUAUCCAGUCCACUGCUUAUUGUCUCUCAAAGAAGAUAGCAGAGUCUUUAAAACAACAAAAAUAGCCUUCUGAAUUAUGGUAUAUGUCAUUGUUGCAUUUAUGUGACACCUUUUGCUCGUUAAUUCUCUUGCUUUAAGAAUUUAUCACUAUUGAAUUUGUUGUUUUUAUUUA